CAGAUAGUACUACACAAAUCUUCCUUCUGCCUCGUCCAUUGCUCGGCUUUUCCCUUCUUGCUCCCUCAACCGAACUCUCCCUCUCUCCAACAUUUGUCCUCCCACCAGAUCUUGCCCCAAAUCUCUUCUUCUCCACAAGUCAUGCCCGGAACCUCUCUUCCCUGCUCCAAGGCCCAAAGCUUUGUGGAUGGAAAUCUGUGAUGGCUUCCCCAACCCCAACUCCAAUCUAGAUCUUGCUGGUCUUCCCCGAGCACUUGUUACCCGCCGGUGACGGUCGUCCGUGCGGUACUGAGCUCCUUCCUUCCUCUAGCAGUGCAUCUCGGAGUGGCGGUCACACCAAAGGCACAAGUUAUUUUGAGGAGCGAGCGGGUCACCGAGGCAUGGAGGUGGUGGUGGCAGUGGCGAGCGCUGCGGCGACCAGCGUGGUUCCGAAGCUGUUCACAGUCUUAGAGAACAAGUUGCGGGGGUUGGAGGACAUUGAGGAAGACGUCCGCUCCUUGCAUCGAGAGCUUGGCAUGAUUUCUGCUUCUAGCGAGGAUCAGAUCUCGCACAAGGGGCAGCCCAGUCCCAGUGCCGUAAAGUCUAUGAAGGAAUUCUGUGAUUUGGCACAUAACAUCGAGGACUGCCUAGACCAGUUCAUUCCUUGCGCUGAAUGCGGCAAGGGAGAACUGAAGAUCCGGGAUCCAAGCAAGUUUCGUGAUGAGAUCGCGAGACUCAAGCGGGAGCUGGAUGCGGCACAACAGCGGAAGGACAGAUACGUCGUUGCCGAAUCCAACGUCGACAACAGCAGCACCGCUGACGUGGAGGAUACGGGCAGAACAUAUGAGGCUUGUCCUGCAGUGGGCAUCGAGCAAGCAAAGGAGGAGCUUCGGGCGUUGUUAGUUGGCGGCGAAGCAAGCAAGCUGAGGGUGGUCUCCAUCGUCGGAUUUGGGGGCUCGGGGAAAACCGCACUCGCCUGGGAAGUGUACAAUUGCCCUCAAGUCGCCAAGGAAUUCAGUUGUCGUGCCUGGGCGACCAUGGCGUGCAAGCAGAAACACGACAUCUCUGGCAAGGAGGCACUCUUGAAGGCUAUACAAAAGGGGCUUCUUGGAGAAAAAGCACUGGAGCCUGUGCAACAGACACCCAAGGAGCUGGAAGACAAUAUCAGUCAUCUUCUCCGGACUAAUAGGUGUUUAGUUGUAAUUGAUAACAUCAAGAUGGAGCUCUGGCACGCAAUAAAACAUAUCUUCCCAGAUGAAACAGAGAGCAGAAUCCUAGUGACCACAACUGUGACCACAGUAGCUAAUGCCUGCAGUAACGGUUAUGUGUACAUUAUAAGAUCUCUUAGUGCAAAACAGUCCAAGGAUUAUCUAGACAAGAAGCUUUCCGUCCAUGGAUGCUCAUUGGAAGUGGAGUGGGGUACCCCAAUCGUGAAGAAAUGUGAUGGUCACCCACUUGCUCUUGUUAGUGUUGUCGAAGCAUUGCAAGGUUGCAGAGUGGUGACACGAGAUCACUGUGAAGCAAUAAGCGAGAACCUGGGUUCCCAAAUGGAGGAGAACUGGAAUGGUCACUUCACAAAACUGCAACAAGUUCUAAUGAAUGAUUACAGCAGUCUGCCUGACAAUUCUUCAAGAGCCUGCUUACUAUACACAAGUAUAUUCCCAAAUGGUCGCCCCUUCAACACGAACAGUCUUACGAGGCGAUUGUCAGCCGAAGGGUACAUAAAGGGUGAUGAUAAACGCAGUGCCCAGCAGGUUGCAUAUGACCGCUUGGAUAAAUUGAUGGACCGGAACAUCAUCCGGCCUAUCGACGCACACAACAAUUCAAAAGUGAAGACGUGCAGAACACAUGGAAUCAUGAAUCAGUUAAUGUUGUAUAAGUCCAGGUCUUUGAAUUUCAUUUCUACAUCUUUUAAUGAUAAAAACAGAAGUGAUUGCCGUCACCUGGUUAUUCAAAAUCACAGAAACGGUAACAGCUUUGGUCCAGCAACAAGUGGCAAGGCCAAGCAGCUGCGUCCCCGGUCUCUGACAGUCUUUGGGAGUGCAGGAGAGGCCGUUUCAGAAUUGAAGAGUUGUGAGCUGCUGAGAGUGUUGGAUCUUAAAGAAUGCAAUGAUUUGAAUGACCAACAUCUCAAGGACAUAUACAAGCUGUUGCAUAUAAAAUAUCUGACCCUCGGGAGUUCUGUGAGCCGGCCUUUAGAUGGAAUGAAAAAGCUACAUUGUUUAGAGACACUCGACUUGAGGAAGAGGAAAAUAGAGACACUGCCACUGGAAGUCAUCAGUCUGCCCCACCUAGCAUACCUGUUGGGAAAGUUUAAGCUAAGCAAGUUGAGUGAGAGCAAUCUUAAAAAGUUCGGGUCAAAGAAAUGCAACUUGAAGACUGUAGCAGGAGUUGUUGUUGACAGCGACUCUGGAUUUCCCAAACUGAUGGUCCAUAUGAAUCAACUGAGAAAGGUCAAGAUAUGGUGCGAGCCCACUGGAACAGAUUGCGAUAGCCAGGGAUCUGGCGAUAGCAUACUGGAUUCACUUUCACUAGCCAUUCAAAAGUUUGCUAAGGCUGGCAUAGAUACUCCAGUACGUGACCUUGAUACUCCAGUAGGUGACCGUGGUCGCCUAUCACUCCAUUUCAACAAUUAUUCUGAAGGUCUGUUGCACGGUCGAGAUGACCCCACAUUUCUUGGUUAUCUUAGCUCGCUGAAACUGCAGGGCAGACUGCGUCAGUUCCCUCAGUUUGUUAUGUCCAUCUGUGGUCUGGAAGAGCUGUGCCUUUCAUAUACUAAUCUGACAGGGGACGAUCUUCUAAAAGGUCUGUGUCAUCUACAGCGCUUGGUUUAUCUCAAACUGGUCGAAGUCCAUCUUGCGGAUUUAUACUUAGAAGAUGGGGAUCUCCCAAGACUGCAACGUCUAUGCCUCGUGGUGCAAAAGCCAAUAUUCCCCACUAUCCGACAAGGCGCUCUGCCGAAACUCACUUCAGUUCAGUUGCUCUGUGAUGGUUUGGAAGAUCUUGGUGGCAUCGAAAUGGAAUUGUUCAAGGACCUUCAGGAAAUCGCUCUGGACUCUAUGGUCAGCCAGGAAACCAUAAAAUUCUGGGAAGAUGAAGCUAAGAAGCACCCCAGGAGGCCAAGGGUUAUCUUGCUCGAUAAGGUUGUUGCUCCAGCCGAAGCUAUGGCUCCGGUGAAAUAUGUUGCCUCCCGCAAAGUCUACAACAAUUGGUACGCCGACGCUCCGCAGCGGAAGUUGCAGAGGUCAUGUCAAGUAACACCUUUGCGCGAGCAGUCUCCACCACCUCGCUCUCAGUCUGAUGAAGCUCAAGUUCGUAAUGGAUUAGCUUUGCUAUCUUGUUGUGAAGCACCAGAAGCCCGUGAAGCCGAGGGCGGACGUGAUGCUGGACUCAAGCCAUUGCAUUCAUCGUCCGUUGAGCAGCCGAACAAGACAGUGCCGUCGAUCAUGCCCAACGGAAGCAAGGAGGUGUGAGUGACACAGGGGCCUGGAAAUCUCUUCUCUAGGUCGUCCAGUCUAUUUAAUUUCUGAAUAAAUUCCGGCCAUUUACUAGCUUCGACAGAUGCUUCUGUCUGGAUGCUGCACGGCAACCGGGAAAAGACUUAUUUUCUAUUCAUGUAUCGGUCACCCUUUAAAUUUCGUAUUUAUGGGUUCUGCACCCGAAUCUGUGUUGGUGGACAAAUGUAUUAUGUCAGUCUUAUCGACGAUUUAUGAUAAAUUCACUUGGACCUAUUUAUUUCA